GUGGUCAAAACAUUCCCAAGGCCAUGGCUCCAUGCAGACAAGCCUGACCAGGCAGGGCAGAGCUUGCGACCUCGAGGAGAGGACGGAGAUCUUUUGAGCUGCCAUGUGCCUAGACCGUUGCUUGCGGACUUUAAUGACACCAUCCGGGUUUUUUCUUUUUCUUUUGACGCAAUGUGGGCUACUACACACAGCCUUACCACAAGAGGUGUUCUCUUGCUGCGGUUCGGUAUGCAGAUCAAACGCCUUUCAACAAUGCCAAGGUGUUCCAAGUUGCUGGGCAUGGACAAACGGGGAAUGCUGCAGAGGUGGCUGCACCUGUCGAUGGAAAACGGGAAACAAGGUCUGCAAAGUAAACAAGAACAACGGAGAGUUGAAUGAAUGUAAAGAGAACAACAAUUCCAUGGAGUACGACGGAUGUAUCGACUACACUGAUGAGGCAAGGAAAGAAGGCUCCAAGUCUUCUCUGCUCUUCUACAUUGUCCCUGGGGUUGCUGUGUUUGCAGGAGCAGUUUAUCUGUUCUGCAUGCGGGGGGGCUAUCAGCGCAAUGCGGCUCGACAAAUAAGAGCUAGACUGAGCGUUGUGAGCACAAUGAGCCGGCGCAGCGAGUACUUCUCGGCAAAUCUGCCGGAAAUCUUUCUGCAAGCUUUACAGGCUCCCGUGCAGCGACAACAGAUCUGGAACGAGAGCGUUCCUCCGAUCGCGUUCGAUCUCUACAUCUCGGGUGUUGUCCUGUCUGUGGAACUUGCAAACUGCACCACGGAGCGACCUGAACAGGACCAGGACAAGAGUGACGUGGAAUCAUCUUAA